GCCUGCGCACGCCCGGUCGGUGCUGUUAGUGACGCAGCGUUCAGACAAUUUUAGGUCGGUGCAGGAGCGCUUUGCUAAGCAGGCCGAAGGGCUAUUAUGAAGCCCUUGGUAGAUGUUGUAGGGAAACUUGCAUAGACAUUUAUUUAGGGGGUGUUUCGCUGCUUACUUGAGGGAGGGGUAAACCGACGAUAGUAGGGCCACGUUUUGUCCGUCGUGUUUAAAGUAGUUAGCCGUAGUGCUAACGAGCGACACGGUUGCCCUUAGGUCAUCUGUUUCGCAUCGAGCGAAAAAAAACACGGAGUGCCGUUAUAUGAUCCAGUACCCGGCGCCAGUGCUGUCCUCCAUGUGGGUCAGGGACCUGUGUGUGUCGGACUAUGGCGAGAAAAACAGUUAGCAGGAAAAGGAAGGCGGCAGAGUCCAAGGAACAACAGCUGGGCUGGUGCCAUUCGAGUUACAAGCGUCUGCGCUCCACCGACGCCUCCUCUUCGCAGCACCCGCGGCUGUCAUGGCGCCGGCAGCGCUCUGUGGUGUGUGCCCUCCAAGGCCGGGAAUUUCAGCCACGGCAGCAGCAUGAGCGGCAUCUCCAGCGCAGACUGCGGGGAUUUGCUGCUGCCCGGCUGCCGGCCAUGCUGAGAGAGAGGGAAUUCUCCCUAGGAUGCCUCAACAAGGUGUUUGCGUCCCAGUGGCUCAACCAGCGGCAGGUGGUGUGUGGAACCAAGUGCAACACGCUCUUUAUCGUGGAUGUGCUGACUGGACAGAUCACCAAAAUACCCAUGCUUAAGGACAGGGAGGUCCAUGAUGGAGGGCUAGGGUUUAGGGUCUCUUCAGUGUCUGGGAUAGAUCAGCAGGGCUGUGGAAUCCAUGCCAUCGAGAUAAACGCUUCAGGGACCCUGCUGGCUACCGGUGGAGACAAUCCAAACAGUCUGGCUAUCUACAGUUUGCCAACGCUAGACCCUGUUUGUGUAGGAGAUGAUGGGCACAAUGACUGGAUCUUCUCCAUUGCGUGGAUUAGUGAUACCAUGGCUGUAUCGGGAUCCCGGGAUGGCUCCAUGGGGCUGUGGGAGGUGUCAGAGGAGGUGCUCAGUCAAAGGAACGCUUGCCAGGAUGAUGGAGUGCCCAGUUACUCUCACAUCUCCCACCGUGCCCUGGAAGACCUCCCUAAGGAGUACACUAACCCCUACAACUGCAAAGUGCGUGCACUUGCCUUCAACAACAACAACAAGGAACUGGGGGCUGUGUCCCUGGAUGGGUAUUUCCACCUGUGGGAAGCAGAGCAUAGUCUGUGCAAGCUGCUCUCGACUAAGUUACCACACUGCAAAGAGAACGUGUGCCUGGCUUACGGGGAGGAAUGGUCCGUGUACGCUGUCGGGUCCCAGGCACACGUGUCCUUCCUGGACCCUCGCCAACCUCUUCACAACGUCAAGUCUGUGGACUCUCAGGAACAGGGCAGUGGCAUCCGGUCUGUGAGUUUCUACGAGCAUGUUGUGACGGUGGGCACAGGGCAAGGCUCCCUGCUAUUCUACGACAUCCGAGCCCAGCGCUUUAUAGGAGAGACAAACAUCUCAAACUGUGGAUGCUGGUCACGCACAGGAGAGGGAGUCCUUAAGCUAACUACCGGCAAGGGUUGGCUGAACCAUGACGAGACAUGGAGGAGUUACUUCUCAGACAACAGCUACUUUCCCAAUGCUGUGUACACGCAUUGCUACGACGCCUCCGGAACAAAGCUUUUUGUGGCUGGUGGCCCCCUUUGCUCUGGUCUUCAUGGGAAUUAUGCCGGGCUGUGGAACUAGCGUGUAAAUGUAUAAUCAUCAUGAAUUUUCAUCAAAGACUUUUUUUCUGUUUCCUCUUGACUGUUCUCUCAUUGAAAAUCAUUCUCAUCCCACAAAAAUCUGUCUGUUUCCACUGAUGCUUUCUUUACGCAUUAUUCUCUCAGAAACCGCAUUAGGUAUUCCUUUUGAUUUAUGAAGUUUGGUUAUGUCUUUAAGUCAUAUACUUACUCUGUUCGCUUGUGGAAGGUCUUUGCUUGCCUAAUAAGGCUUUAUGUUUAGACGGAGAAAAGGGGGGGUGUGGGGGGGGUGAUGUGAAGAAGUAAGCUUCGGACACAGCUCACUGAUUUUUUUUUUUUUUUUAACUAAAUGGGGAGAAAUGAAUAAUCUUCUGCCAGAUUCUUGGAGAUUUAAUAUAUUUAUAUUUUGGCUUAAAGAAAAUGUAUGGUAUUUCCCUCUUUUAUUGUGUUCAGUGCUUUUAGCAGAAUCUGUUUGGCUAAUACCUAAGGGAGAAUUGAGGAUGAUUGCAUGUCUUGCAAAGGUGGACUAUAAAGAAAGGAACAUCAGAAUAAUGAGAUGAUUUAAUCAGGUACCGUCCCUGUUCUCCCACAGUCUUUCAAUCCUGCAGAGAUUUUAUUUGCUAUUUUAGAGUGGUACCAUGACAUGGAGGGAAACCUUUUUUUUUUUUUUUGACUUUGAAAGAUUUUGGGCUUGAGUCCCCCACCCAGUUUUAUUUACUAUGAUUGAUUUUUCAUAAUCAUUUAUUUUUUAGUCGUCUUAAUUGUCAGUUAUUUAUUAUAGCCUCCCUUUUUCUGACAGGUGUCUCCACUAUAAUCACCCUGUAUUAUCUUGUGGUGUGUGUGUGUGUGUGUGUGUGUGUGUGUCUGUCUGUCUUUGUGUUCUCAUGGAAUUCCCUUUUCCCAUCAAGCUGUUCUGUCCUCCAUUACUCAGUAGGCCUGUCUUUCUGUGAAAGACUAACUCUGGUUGACAUUUGUCUUUUAUGAAGUUAUUUGUAUAAUAUGAAAAAAACACACACCAUUACAGCCACAUGACAAAUAACCAUCACUUUUAUAAAAUUAUUUUUAAAUUGUGUGCAAAUAUUACACAUGCAUAAAGCUAAGAGUUUGUGGUGCCUGGUUUUUCUAUAUUCACAACCAUGUUUUUACAAAUGAAGUGAAGAAAUUACACGUCGAGCAAAACAAAGUAUUUAAAAUAAAAGACUACUGAUGUACCUUUUUCUAUUGAA